AUGGUUUCAAGAAAUUACAGGCCAAGUAUGGAAAAUUCUACUAUUGAUUUGAAUCGUGAAACAUCAUCGACAUCUGUCUCUGAAACCCAACCUGAACAUGGUGUUGAAGGGUUGGAAAAUGUAGUUCUACACAAUGAAGAUGAAUCAAGGCAUAAAUGUAAAGUCAAAUGGAGAAAGGAAGCCACUAUACUUCUCAUAAGUGGAUGGCUUAAUACAUCUAAGGAUGCCAUUGUGGGGAAUGACCAAAUUUCUACACAUUUAUGGGCUUGGAUCGCAGAAUACUACAACACCAACCAAAAAUGGGAGCAAGCAAGAACUAGAAGGCAAUGUAAAGAUCAUUGGAACAAGAUGAAUCAAAAUGUUGCGCGUUUCAAUGGGUGCUAUAAACGAGUACAACAAGCACAUCACAGUGGUUGGUCUGAUGAGAAAAUUCUUGAGAAUGCGCAUCAACUGUACAAAUAUGAAAAUAACAACUCAAAUUUUCUGCUUGUGGAUUGUUGGAGAUUGCUAAAGGAUGAGCCAAAAUAG